AUGGGGUCCUGGAUUGGGGCCCUGCCCUGUCUACUGCUAGGGUUGCUGCUCACCUCCACCCCAAGGGCCCACAGCGCCAACCCCGGCCUGGUGGCCAGGAUUACUGACAAAGGCUUGGAGUAUGCCGCCAAGGAGGGGCUGUUGGCUCUGCAGAGGGAGUUACAGAGGAUCACACUGCCCGACUUCACCGGGGACUUCAGGAUCCAGCCCUUGGGCAAUGUGAAGUAUGAGUUCAACAGCCUGAACAUCCACAGUUGUGAGCUGGGCAGCUCUGCUCUGAAGCCCCUCCCAAGCCAGGGCCUGAGCUUGGCCAUCUCCGACUCCUUCAUCCGGGUCCAGGGCAAGUGGAAGGUGCGCAAGGCAUUCGUGAAACUACGAGGUUCCUUUGACGUGCAUGUCAAAGGCAUCACCAUUUCGGUCAACCUUCUCUUGGACAGCGAGCCUUCCGGAAGGCCCACAGUCACUGCUUCCAGCUGCAACAGCCAAAUCUACGAUGUGGAGGUGGACAUAUCAGGAGAUUUGGAUUGGCUGCUGAAUCUCUUCCACAGCCAGAUCGAGCACAAGUUCAGAAAAGUGUUGGAGAGUAAGAUUUGUGAAAUGGUCCAGAAGUCAGUGACCUCUGACCUACAACCUUAUCUUCAAACUCUGCCAGUCACAAAAGAGAUUGACCAUUUCGUUGGCAUUGACUACAGCCUAAUGGAGGCUCCUCGGGCAACAGCCCAAAUGCUGGAUGUGAUGUUUAAGAUAGUCAGGCUGUACCCCAACAUGAAUUUGGAGCUCCAUGGAGCAGUGGUCUCUGCCCCAGUCCUGACCUUCAGCCCUGGGAAUGUGUCCUUGACCCCCCAGAUGGAGAUUGAGGCCUUUGUGCUCCUGCCCAACUCCCUCAGAGAGUCUGUCUUCCGGCUUGGUGUGGUCACUAACAUAUCCGCCACAUUGAGUUUCAACACCAGCAAGAUCACUGGGUUCCUGAGACCAGGGAAGCUACAACUGGAACUGAAGGAAUCCAAAGUGGGAAUAUUCAAUGUGGAGCUGCUGGAGGCACUGAUUAACUACCACAUUCUCAACAACCUCUACCCCAAGGUCAACGAGAAGCUGGCCAAAGGCUUCCCCCUCCCUCUGCUAAAGCGAACUCAGCUGUAUGACCUUGUUCUCCAGAUCCACAAGGACUUCCUGUUCUUGGGCGCCAAUGUCCAAUACACAAGGGAUUGA